AUGGUUGUCGGAAUACUAGUAUGGGUUCUGGCCGUGUUCGCAUCAACAUUUGUGGCUAAAGAGAACUUUUGGCUGUUUCUCCUUAUGCGCAGUGUUUGCGGAAUCGGUGAAGCCACAUCUGCGGUCGUUUCUCCUACAAUUAUUGGUGAUAUGUACAUUGGAAAAGCGCGUUCAUGGAUGUUAAUGUUGUUCUAUAUGGUCAGCCCACUUGGAAAUGGAAUUGGUUACAUUGUUGGAUCACAAUUGGCGAGACAACUUGGAGGAUGGCAAUGGGGAAUGAGAUUAACACCGUUAUUUGGCGUGGCUUCUGUCAUUCUGAUCGUAUUAUUUGUAUUUGAACCAGAACGAGGACUGAAUGAAUCAUCGAAUUCUACAGGCAAGGAGGAUAUAGGAAAUGCACCUUUGAAGGUAAAAAUCAAGACUUGCACCUACACUUUCUCGACAAUUGCCGAUACAUGCAUCGAUUUUGUGAUGGGCACACUUGCAUGGUGGGUUCCUACAGCAAUUCAACAUGCCAAAGCUCACGAAAUGAAGCUCAAUUCUACAAGUCUUCUGGAUGAAAAUGAUAAAGCAAAUAUUGCUAUCUACUUUGGAAUCGUCACAAUUGCUGGUGGAAUCGUUGGAGUAAUUAUGGGUUCAGCUUUGUCAACGUUGCUGCGUAGUGGAAAGUUGUGCUUCAAAUGCUGUCAAACGAAACGAUCCGAUCCAAUCAUUUGUGCCCUUGGAGCACUGAUCGCAACUCCAUUUCUUUUUGGUGGAUUACAACUCAUCAAAGUGUCUGUCGAAGCUAGCUACAUCUUCAUGUUCGUUGCUAUUACCGGACUUUGCUUCAGUUGGGCCAUCAAUGCCGAUCUACGAAUGACGAUUAUUGUUCCAUGGAGACGUAAUUCAGCAAAUGCAUGGGAAUAUCUGAUUUCACAUUUCUUCCCUGGACCAUAUCUUGUUGGAUUGCUUUCUGAUCGAAUAAGAUUGAGCAAUUCUCCAGGAGAUUCAUUUGAUGCUUUGUUAUACGCUUUUUAUAUUCCUUCGGCACUUUGUGGAAUUUCGGCAUUGUUCUUUAUAAUUGCUGCGACUACAGUAUUAAGAGAUCAAGCAAGGUUCCGCGUUGAAAUUGGUAUUCACGAUGGAAUUUCAUCGGAAAAAGAUGUCGGAACAAAAGAAAAUGCAAAUAAUAAUUACGAAUUGGAAGAGGCCACUUAUGAAAAUAAGACCUUUAAAACAACUGAGAUUUCGAGUGGAGAAAGUAAUGUAAUA